UGACUUUCCUCCUUGCAGAAAGAAUUUCAGAACUGGGAGGAAAAUGUCUCAAAGUUAUAGUCAACGUGUGGAAACACGUACUAACGCUGAUGGGAGCCAGGUCAAGACAACAACAACCACUUACGGAGAUGGCCGCGUAGAAACAAAAACUGAAACAAUUGGAGGUGGUGGAUCGUUCAAUGGAUUUUCCAGUGGUGGUGGUAUGACCAUCGUGAAGCCUCGUGCCUAUGGAGGUGGCGGUGGAGGUGUAGGAGGUCGUGUUAUUAAACCAACUCGGCCAUCAUCUCGCUACAGCAAGGGAUGGGGAAGUGCCAAUAUCCGUCAACCUCCCAAGAACUCAACCCCUAUGGAGCUUGAGGGGACAACAUAUAAGGAGAUCAAGGCGCAAUGUUUGAAAGAAGGACGCCUCUUUGAAGAUCCUGAUUUCCCUGCUGUAGAUUCAUCUAUCUUCUACAGUAGAGCCCCUCCAAGACAGUUUGAGUGGAAACGACCAACUGAGCUAUGCGAGGACCCAAAGCUAUUUGUGGGUGGGGCCAGUCGUAUGGACAUCAAACAGGGAGAGUUAGGAGAUUGUUGGUUGCUAGCUGCCAUUGCCUCACUGACUCUAAAUGAGAAACUCCUCUACCGUGUUGUACCUAAAGGCCAAAGCUUCACAGAAGAUUAUGCAGGCAUCUUCCACUUCCAAUUUUGGCAAUAUGGUCGUUGGGUCGAUGUGAUUGUUGAUGAUCGUCUCCCUACAUACUAUGAUCGUCUGGUGUUCAUGCAUUCUGAAGAGAAGAAUGAGUAUUGGUCAGCUCUGCUGGAGAAAGCUUAUGCUAAAUUGACAGGUUCCUAUGAGGCACUGAAAGGUGGCAGCACCAGUGAGGCUAUGGUUGACUUCACAGGAGGUGUCGUUGAAAUGUAUGACUUCCGUAAAGAAGUACCAGCUAACAUGUUCACAAUACUCACCAAAGCUAUGGAGAGAGGCUCCCUAAUGGGCUGCUCUAUUGAGGCAAAACCAGGACAGCUUGAGGCUGAACUACCCAAUGGUCUGAUUAUGGGCCAUGCUUACAGUCUUACUGAUGCAAGAGCGGUUAAUAUUCAAACCUCCAGGACAAGUGGGGUCAUACCAAUGGUGCGUGUCCGUAACCCAUGGGGCAAUGAGUGUGAAUGGAAGGGGGCCUGGAGUGAUAAGUCUCCUGAGUGGAACUACAUCCCAGAGGAUGAGAGACAAGAGAUGGGACUCACCUUUGACUCAGAUGGAGAAUUCUGGAUGUCAUUCCAGGACUUCACCCACAACUUCCAGAAGAUUGAGAUAUGUAACCUGGGGCCUGAUGCCCUCACAGAGGAGGAAUCUGGUGGCAAGAAGAAAUGGGAAGCAACCAGUCAAGAUGGAUCUUGGCGUAAACGAGUGAAUGCUGGAGGUUGCAGAAACUUCCUUGAUACGUUUUGGACCAACCCCCAGUAUCGUGUACAUGUAACAGACCCGGAUGAUGAUGACGAUGAAGACCUGGGCACAAUUUUAGUUGCAUUACUCCAGAAAGAACGUAGAAAGAAACGUAAAGAAGGAUUGGAUCUUUUAACCAUGGGAUACUCCAUCUAUAGGCUGAAAGACCCAGACUGUGGACCGCUGGAUCUAACUUUCUUCAAGUACAAUGCAUCCUGUGCCAAAGCCCCUGCCUUCAUCAACAUGCGUGAGGUUUGUGGACGUCAUAAGCUACCUCCAGGUCAUUACUGUGUCAUGCCUUCAACCUUCGAACCCAACCAGGAGGGUGACUUUCUCUUGAGGAUCUUCUCAGAAAAGGCUGCCGAGGCUGGAGAAAUUGAUGAGGAGACAGGAAUCCAGGAUAUUGAUCCUCCACCAAAGACAGAUGAGGACGUUGCCCAGGAUGAGGCUCUUAAGUCAGCUUUUAUUGGCAUUGCUGGUGAAGACAUGGAGAUUGAUGCUUAUGAAUUAAAGGAUGUCCUUGAUAAGGCUUUCAAGAGAGAGUUCAACUUUGAUGGCUUCAGCAAUGAGACCUGUAGGAGUAUGGUGGCUAUGAGAGAUUUUGAUCGCUCUGGUAAGCUAGGAUUUGAUGAGUUCAAGGAGUUAUGGGCAGACUUGAGAGUGUGGAAGGGAAUGUUCAAGAAGUUUGAUCAGGACAAGAGUGGACACCUCAACAGUUAUGAGCUGAGGAAAUGCCUCAAUGGAGCAGGCUUCCGUAUCAGCAACUCUACAUUCAAUGGCCUGGUGAUGCGUUAUUGCCACAAGGACGGUCAUAUUUACUUUGAUGACUUCAUACUCUGUGCCGCACGACUCAAGACAAUGUUUGAUAUUUUCAAGGAGAUGGACCCCAAUAAGACAGGCACAGCUGGGUUCACUCUCGAUGCAUUUGUGCAGACUACAAUGUACUCAUAAACUGUAAAAAGCAGCUGCUUUGUUUACCAUGCAGCUAUAUAAUGUACCAUGCAGCUAUAGGGACAGCCAUAUGAUGUACCAUGCAGCUAUAAGUGACAGUAGAGAUGACAUAUGUACAUGAAACUAUACCCGUAUAAUCAUAAUAAAGUAUAUAACGAUGGCAGAUUUGUCAGUACAAUACUAGUCAACAAAUAGGGAGUUUCUGCCAAUAUGGAUAGACCUGCUGUAUAGUACAGUUCACCAGUUAUAGUCAAUAGUCAUCACGUAUAAUUCAUACAUAGGUUUAUAGAUGUAACUCCAAAGUCUGCUUAAAAGGAUCUCUUGGAAUCCUGGAAAGUGAAAAGUAGAAAUUAUUAUUAAAUUCAAAUUUAUCAAUUUAUUAGAUCUGCUGGAGGAUUUAUUAUCUGUAUUUUCUAAAUUCUUUGAUUGAACAUGGAAGCUUUACAUGAAUAAUAUGCACAUUGUUAUGGUUUAAAAAUCGAUGUUUUCAAUGUUUUCACAAAAAAAUCUGGCAUUUUAUGUAUUAGAGCUUUCCAAUUAUACUUAAAUGUGAUUUUGAUGAGAAAUUCUUCAUUUGAAUCUCAUUUUCUUACUUAUUUCUAACUUCCAGGGUUGGUCUUUAAACUUUAUGUAUGAUGUUUAUAGAACUUAAUUAUGAUACAAUAUUUGAUAUUAUUGCUGUUACUGAUCCAAUUACUAAAUUCAAUUUCAUGAGCCUUAUUGUUACAUUUCACAAAUACUAUGUACUAUUUUAUAAUGUACAAUUUGAGUUAUAUAAGUCUUUUGUAAAAUUGUGAACUUUAAGUAUGCUAUUAUACGAGUACAUAGCUUCUGCUUAGCUGCCUGUAAAUAGGGUUGACACUGUGCAAUGAGAAGUUAUAAGCUACCUUGAUACCGUAA